AACUCUACUUAUGAUGUUAUUUGUCUUAGUGGGUUGGGUACACCCAAAAACAAAGAAAAAAAACCUCAAAAAUCAAUUUGUCGGCUUCUUUUUAUAAUACUAUAGUGAAAAUUAUCUUUAGGUCUAAGAUAGCGAUGAUUACGAUUUCUAAUAAUACCAUUACCACCACCCAAUCUAUAAGAUUAGUAUGGAAUUAGUUGGUCUUGCCGCAAUAAAUUCUGAAGGAUAUAAAUUUUCAGAGUUUAUAUUUGAAAUGGUCCACAAAGUUGAAAACUAUGCUGCUAUUAUUAUAAAUUGAGAAAUUUUCAGCUUUUCAAGAAAGAUCAAAAUUGGAGGGUUUAUUAUUAUUAUUAUUAUUAUUGUUUUGUUGUUGAAGUCAAAGAUGUACUUCGUGUAUAUGUAUGUCAAAUGACUUACCCUGAUUUGCAGAAGAAACAGACGGAAGAAUUUGUUCGUGAAAAGAUUAUGAGGCUGUUGUUCACCGGUUUAUGGUUGUAAAAAUACAAUAUAUCUUUGAUAUUUACGUGAAAGACAAAGAAACAUAACAAAUUCAACUCAUUUAAGCAAGUUGCACUCGAAGCAAUCGCUAUCACCUAUUAUAGGGCUAGCUUGGACCGAUCUGGAUUUUUCAUAUAGCUGAUGGCCAUGAAUGUUUCACUUCGCUAUAGCCCACAGCCCAUGAAUUGGUGGACGAGCCCGUUGUUUUUACGAAAGGAAUGCAAAGCCUUGUUUUUUAAUUUUUUUCUUUUCUUAUUGUCAUUAGUCAUCGUCUCAACGCCGUUUCACGGCUAGCGACAGAACCAUUGGGCAUUUUCGCUAUAGUUUUUCACAAGUUUGGGGCUUUUGUUGUUGGAUUGAUUGUUGCUUUCAGCUCUUAGCAUUCACUUCCUCUCUCUCUUUGUUUCGUGGGAAUCAGUUAUGAUUCUCUCCUUGGACUUGCAGGACUUCCUGCUUCGUGCUCGAGUGCUGAAGCUCUACAGACAAGCUCUACGGACUGCUCGAAGAGCCCCUGACCUUUCUAGAGCUGAAUUGAAACAGGUGAUUAGACAAGAGAUGGAGAGUAAUCGAGAUUGUAAGGAUAAACAAAGGAUCCGCUUCUUGAUUGGUGAAGGAACUGAGAGAUUGAAAGGUCUUACCGAGAUGCUUGAUAUGCAGGGACAUUGAUAGUGGAAUGAAGCUUUAUUUGGAAUCUUGAAAGGAUAAUUAGCAGAUAAACGAGGCUAGACUUCAUAUUCGAGAUGUUAUCAAAUUUCCUAAUUUUAAUUUUAGUUUAUCGAUAAUGCAAACCAGACGCUAAAAGAAUUGUUUGUUUUCCCUGAAAAGCUAUCAGUAGUUAGUUGUAAUAAAAACUACUGCUUCAGAAAUUAAAAAGUUUGUAGUGCUAUAUAAGUGCUUUUGUGGUGCAAUUGUCAAUUAUUU